CCUAAGACUAAAACCCUUGUAUCUAUAAACAUCUAAUAUAAACCCAAAUUUAAAAUGUGUAGCUCAAUUGAAAAACAAUUGACCUAGUAAUACAAUAGUAUUACACCUAUGCCACUCAUCCUCAGCAUGCGUUUCAGAAUACAACCCCAGGCGUUUCAGAAUAUCAUCCCAUGACCGUUUCAAAUCCAGCCGUUUUGCAGAAAACCAUCCAUAACAACAUCAUUGAUUUCAAUAAUUACCACGUUUAUGGGGAGAGAUUGACAAUCAGAAAAUUGAACCGUUUUUGAGAUUUGAAUCACACCAUUCAACUUAAAUGGAGAUACUUUCAAACAACAUGGUGUGUAGUGGGUCUUCAAUGAAUCCGAUCAUAAUCUGUGCAUUUAAACAGGUACAUUAUAUACCGUUGGAUAAUGAUAAAAAUUUGGAGGAAGUAAUCUAUUCCAAAUCGUUCGUUCAUAUUCGACCAGAAUUUCACUUAUUUGGGAAUGGAAAUCAACAGGAAACAGUUUGGAAAAAUGCAAUACCGAGCUGCUUUUGGUCCAUUUUUGAAUGUUUUUAAUGUUUUGAAAUUGAAAAUUCAGGAAGAACAUCGAGACAUUAUAAAAGGAACACCAUUUUGGGGUCUUUUCAAAGCUUAUGAUGGAGGGUUGGUUAGCGAUGAUAUGUGUAGGAAGACUUAUGUAGAUAUAAUCAGAAUAAUUAAUUGUUUCAAUGCUGGGACGUCUGAAUUCAAAUUUGGUGAUAGGUGUGAAAAGUUAACAGGGUUUGAAGUUGAGGAGUUGCUUGGAUUACCUAACUUUGGUCGGGAUAUAAAUCUUAAUAAACGUUGUUCAAAGUCUGAGGAAGGUUUCAUUAAAAGAAAUUUUAAAACAGUUGACAGAGUUACAAGGCAAAAUAUUGAAUCUGCUAUGAUUACAAUAGUAACAGGGAAAACACAACAGAAUCGUGAGGAUUUUGUAUGCCUAAUGUGUUUGCAUCUUUGUAUAACAUUAUUAUUUUGUAAUAGUGGUAGUACCAUCUCUUGGAACAUAGCUUCCCGUUGUCAAGAUGUUCAAACAAUGGCGGGCUACAAUUGGGCAAAAGCAACAUCGGAUUGUUUGCAAAAACAACUGGUCAAGAAUUGCGGGAAACCAUCACAUGUAUCUGGAUGUGUUGUGCUGUUGCCGUUUUGGUUUUGUGAGAUAAGUUCAUUGGUUGAACCUGUAAAAGGAAGAAUGGAUUUCGCACCCAAAUUUGUGAAGUGGGAUCUGCAGGUACUGCAUGAGGCCAUGUCAGCUAUUGAAAUUGAUAGGCUACAGAUUAGCGAUGCAUCAGAAUUGCACAUGAAUAGAAGUUUGAGAUGUGAAUCUCACGUUAUGGUGUCCCCACAUAGAGAUUUAUGUCAAAAGGUUAAUGUAUCCAAAUAACUGCUGAUCUAUAUAUCCCUUUUUUGGCAUCAAUUUGAAGGCAAUAUAAUUGGAAAAGGAUUCGUAGAAAUAAAUGUGUAGGCAAAAUAAAUAAUUUCAAUAUACACCGGAAAAAA